AUGUCACCUGCAUUUGCAGAGACAGGAUUCAACAAGACAUCCGAGAAGCCGAUUGUGAACAUCAAUACUGGAGAUGCAACAAAAGGCUUCAAAACAGCCUUGGCCGUGGAAAUACCUCUAGUGGUCAUAGCAUUCAGCACCGUGGGCUUCCGAGUCUACUCCAGAUUAGCGAUCAAGAGAAAACUUGCGCCUGAUGAUAUUUUGAUACUGCUAGGCUCGGCUUCGGCUUUUGCACGCACUGUCAUAUCCUGCAUGAGUGCAAAAGAUGACUGGGGCUAUGACAGAAAAGGGCAUGUGAAUUCUAGCAUAAAUGCUAUACCAAAUCAUAUAUUCGAAAGGCGCAUUGCUUACCUCUUCGCUGUUACUUUUACUCGUCUUUCCUUCCUGGCGUACUACCUACGCAUCUUCCCUGCCGGGAUGUCAUCGCUCAGAAAGUGCUGCUACAUUCUCCUGGUGGCAACGCUUGCGCAUUUUGUUGAAGUCCUCACUGUGCUCAUAGUGUACUGCGAGAACAUUGGCAAACUCUGGACUGUUCACUGGCUCGAUUUCACUGGAUCGCAGUGUUUCAGUUCCGCCGUCUAUAGUUAUUCGGCAGCUAUCGGUGACAGCGUUAUGGACAGCAUGAUAUUUGCACUCCCAAUCGUAUACGUGUGGAAGCUCUCGAAGCUGAGCAUUCGCCAAAGACUUGGCCUUGUCGUCAUCUUUGGCCUAGGCUUCAUCGUAUGUGUAGUGGCUCUUCUCCAAAUUCCGUUCAUCCGGCGCCGGGAAAGCAAUAUGCAAUAUUUCGGCACUGCCGUUAAUAUGCUCAUCUCCAUCCAAAUCUCAUUUGCAAUAGUCGCAGCCUCGCUACCGGACCUUCGUGCACUGAUAGCGCGUAAAUUUGCAAAUUUUUCCCCUCUCCACCACCGCAGCCUGGCUACCAACGGGCGCCACCCAAACGGCGGCAGUGGGCGGGGUCAAGUCAGAGAAGGUGACUUGGAACAAGGCCCAUCGGGUGAAGGAGUGUGUGAAAGUCCCCGCGCAACGCCCGAAGGGAAGAAGGCAAUCAGAAAACCAGACUGGAUGAGGAACAGCAUACCUGCGAGUUUAAUGUCAACCAUGAUUACGCAGAACGAAGUCACUCGGCUGUCGAGCGAAGAGUACCCAUUACCGUGCCGAUCACCCGAGAAAGAAGUAACUUGA